UGUAAUUUUAGUUCGAAAAAAAAAUUAUCCGAGAAACUUUAGUUAAUGAAAGAUCGCGCGCGUGAAUGGUGUUUGCACAUUUCUAUCCGUCCUCGUUUAUACAUUCAGUAGUCGAUUUCUUAUUUUACUCAUAAACUGUUCUGUCAUCUCACGAUGGUUGAAACGGUUUUGGAAAACAAUUGUGAAACUGUGACCAAUUCAAGUGUUGUUACCAGUCGUGAUACAAAAAAACCACAAAAUUCGGACCAUUAUAAUCCAUCGGUGAGAGAAUUAAAUAUUCCGAAAUUGCCAAAUGGUGCUUGUGGUUUUGAUUUGUCGCGUAGCAAGUGGGAUCCUUACCCAUGGGUGAGUGGAGUGGAUAAAGAUUCAACAGCUGAAACGACCGGACUCAAGGUCGGCGAUUGUGUUUUAGAGGUUAACGGUGAAGACAUUUUGGGUCUACGUAUUAUCGAUGUUGCUAAUUUGGUAAAAGCAAAAUCGGAAAAUGUAACGUUGUUAUUGUGGACAACUGGUAUGGAACCGACAUGUAAUCCAGAAUCACUGUGCUGCGGCCCGAUGCCUUUGAACUUAGAUCGGCUGUCAGCUAGUAUGCAAACAAUAUUAGCCGCAUUAGAAUGUCCUAUAUGUUUGGAUACAAUUCCACCGCCAGUGAUUCAAUGUAUGAAUGGUCAUUUGAUUUGUUUGAAAUGCCGUAUAAGAGCGGAUAAGUGCCCUAUAUGCAGACAGAGAUAUACCACCGGUCGGUCAUUGAUUGCAGAACAAGUGUAUACGUCCAUAACCGAAGCAUUUAAGUUGCGGGAGGACGAUGGAAAAUUGCGAGAACGAUUAUUCGGUGUUAAAUGCAGAAAGUCACCGAUCACCACCAAUGUAGACAAUGCAAAAUCAUUCCAAUCGCAUACGCACAAAUUUCUCGCCAAAAUAAUGGGAAAAUCGUCGUCAUUGGAUAAUCUGAGUAGCAGCAACAAGAAAGAGGUGCAAAACCAACCGAUGUCAGAGAGCAAACAAUUGUCGUUAUCUGUGAACGAGAUAUUUAGGCACAAUAGCUCCGCACCAACAUCCAGAUCAACGUCACCACAACGCCUCACACCGGAAAUUGGAUCACAAACACAUUUCGGAACACGUCGACCAUUAUCACACAACGCAUCCAUAGAAAGUUUGCCUGGUGCGGCGGACGAUUUAUUACAACUUAUUGUACCCGAAAAUCGAGAGAAGAAGUAUCAAUGCCCCUGUGGAGUUGUGUGCGAAGAAAAAAUGACCAGAAAAUCAAUGCGUCAUCAUAUAAUCAACACGCACCACAUUCCAAUUAUUGAUUUUGGAACACCAUCGGCAACAAUUGCUUUACCACCAAGAACACCGAUGGAGAAUGCAUGUUUGAUAUUAGUGGAAGACGAGAUUUGUUUCUACACAAAAUUGGAACUCAUUGAAGGAGACUAUUUCAUUACGACUUUUGCCCAAACCGAUGAAAUGGAAUGUUCAAAGUACUAUUUAGAGGUGAAGAUAGGAAAUUCAACUGCAAACGAUUCGAUUCAGUCCAAAGAAAUUAUAUCAAGAAGUAUUGUACUGUCAUUGGAAAAGAAUUCAUGGAAAUGUGCACUCUGUGAUAAAAAUGGUGUUUCCAUUAGUAAAGAAUGCAUUUCGGCAACGUUUGACAAUACGGCCGACAUACAUUUAACAGCAAGCAUCAAACGUAUUUGAAUAAAUUCACUAUCUAACUUCAGGCUCGUUGUGAGCAUUUUAAAAAUAAAUUUUUUACAGCUUUGCAUAAAUGUAUUUUCUUUAU